AUGGGGUCUGCUGGAAUUCUGCCCAACAGACUGAAUGGAAGACGGCUGAGUCCAUUGGGCUUCCGUAUAAUGACAGUCGUUGGGAGAUCCUCAAACAACUGUUGGCAGCAUCUCGUGUUCAAAAUGAUGCAAACCAUGGAGACACCAGUGCGGCAAACAAAGAAGGAAAACGGCCUUUCUCAGCUCUUGUCAAUGGUCAUUGAUGAACUUUCUUUUUCUCUGGACAACAAUGUCAGUGGACUGGAUAUUCUUCAUGGACUGCUCAACGCACAGUGGCUGCAGUCAUUGGUAAAGGUCUAUGAGUGUCUGCACAAGUUCUCGAAAACAAGACCAGCUCCCACCAUGUCCCAGGCAUCUGUGCUGUGCCGAGAGGUAGUAACAACGCUCUCUGAAGCAUCUCAUUCCAUUCAUGUGAGAGAGCUGCAGUGGUUGCUCAGAAAACCUUAUCUCCAGGCGCUGCUCUCUGCUCACGACUCAGUGGCUCAGAAGGACUACAAUCCUGUUCUCGCUCCUCUGCCAGACAACCUACCCGAGGAUGAGGAGGCCAUGAGAAUUGUGUGCCUGGUGAAGAAUAACCAGCCUUUGGGUGCUACCAUUAAACGGCAGGAAACAGCUGGGUCCAUUGUGAUAGCUCGCGUGAUCCACGGUGGACUUGCAGACCGCAGUGGUUUGUUGUUUCCUGGUGACCAGUUGGUUGAGGUCAAUGGAACUCCUGUGGAUGGCCUGGAGCCUGAGCAAGUCAUCCAGAUCCUUGUUCGGUCACAAGGUACCAUUAUGUUCAAGCUUAUCCCAGUAUCAUAUCGGCAGAUCAGCUGUUCCCAAAACGUGAUCUAUGUGCGAGCCAUGGCUGAUUACCGCCCGGGGGAGGAUACGUCUAUCCCUUGUGUCGCCGCUGGCCUGGCCUUCAAAAGGGGGGACAUCCUGCAGAUCGUGGACCGGAAUGACAUUCACUGGUGGCAGGCAAAAAAUGUCUCAUCUCCUUCCAUCUGCGCUGGGCUAAUUCCUUCCAACACCUUGCUGAAAAGAAAGCAGAAAGAGUUCUGGUGGUCUCAGUCCUUUCCGCCACACAACUGUAUGAAAUCCACACAUUUGAGCACUGUGGAUGAGGAAGAGGAUAUGGCGAUUGAUGAAAAGUGCGUCGAAACAGAUGAAGAAACCUUUGAAUCAGACGAAUUGCAAGAAGAAGAUGCUGAGUUCAACGGAUAUAAACAAGGUCUCUACAUAGCUGGUUUCCGUAAAAGCGCACGGCUUUGCCGGAGGAAUUCGAAGAGCAACCAGCUCCUGUGUAAUGCUCGAUCUCCAGACAACUGUUACUCCAACUCCGUGUGGCCAUACGAGGAGGUGGUGAGGUACCAGCGGCAGGCUAACGCCAAACAUCGGCUGGUCAUUCUUGUUGGUCCCUCAGGAGUGGGUGUUAAUGAGCUGAGGAGGAGAUUGAUUGAGAUUAACCCUCAUCACUUCCAGAGUCCAGUGCCACACACCACCAGACCACCCAAAAGCCACGAGGAAGAUGGACGAGAAUAUCACUUUGUUUCCCGAGAAUCAUUUGAAGCCAUGGCACUAAGCCAAAGGUUUCUGGAAUAUGGAGAAUAUAAAAAUCAUCUUUACGGCACCAGCACAGAGACAGUGCGCUCGGUACUAGAUGCAGGGAAAGUCUGUGUGAUCGACCUGGAACCACAUAGAAUCUAUCUGACACGAACAAAAGAGCUGAAACCGUAUAUUGUAUUUAUCAAACCUCCCAGCAUCAGUCGCCUGCAACAGACUCGGAAGUACAGCCGCAUCAUAACAGAGUAUUAUGUGAACAGGUCCUUCAAGGAUGAAGAUCUAGAAGAAAUGGAGGACACAGCGAAGAAAAUGGAGGACCAUUUUGGACACUUGUUUGAUCGUGUAAUUGUCAACGAUGACCUCCACUUGGCCUGCGGGCACCUGCUAUCUGCAGUGAGACAGGCCCAGGAAGAGCCUCACUGGGUCCCAGAGGCUUGGCUGUGCCCUGACAUGGACUCCUAGCUCUCAAGACAUGAAACCUGAGCAGAGACGGAUGGUGCAUACUCAGAGUGAACGGAAUGGGGAGAAAUAGUACAGGUCAACAGAAAGGAGAUCAUCAGCGAUGGUUGUGAAAGACAUCUCUUCCCUUCGGUGGAAGAGCCCUUGUGCUGAGUGCACAGAGUUGCCUAAGCUGUU